AUGUCUAAGUCAUGACAGAGGCAUUGUGAUUAACUCGACAUCAGUUUGCUUUCUCCUGACAGGAGUGGGCCUCUGGGCUGUUGGGUAACUGAUAGAGCGUUCAAACAUCUGGGCUAAAGACAUUUUACUGUGUCAUGGUGGUUACUGCUGGAGGUAAAUCGGUUCACUUCGACAACUCUAAUGAAUGUCUUUGGUCAUUUCUAGUCCAUGAUGAAUUUCUAUGAAUACCGGUGAAGCCAAAAGCCUCUAUGGUUUUACAGCAGUAUUCCCAUUAUUUUUAUACUGAGCAGUGACCACAGACACAGCCAUGAUCAUCCCAGAUUGAUUAUUAACCAGCCAACAGGGGGGCAGCAGUUGUUGAGUCCAGGUACAAUGUUGUCCUGCCGAGAGAAGGUUGACCAUAUCUGCCUUACACUUAUUUUAUUCAUCUCAUCUUUUAAUCCCUUGUGUUCCUCCUCGUCUGCCUCCACAUUAGUCACAGUCCAGGUGAGUUUGGACCAUCUUUGACUUCACCAAAACCUUCGUCAACUGACUUGGUCUCAGGGGAGAAAUUUGCAGCACUGCUAAAAUAAUCUAUAAUUAACAAAAAUGCAUUGAUUCAAAGAAUGUUUUGAAUUGCAGUCAGACAGCCAAGAUGCAGCUCCAUAGAUGGACGGGUGCAGUUCAUAUAUAUUAGUGUGAAGCUAAGCCUUCUCACGUAAACAGCGGAGGCAGAUUCAUGAAGUUCAUGUAGUUCAGAUAUUCUGUGCUCUGUGUAUUCAGUGUAUUGCAGCCCAGCCAAAACUAGCUUCUGAAACAGUAACCUUUAGUCUGUUGGUAAAUACAGCAGCCAUGUCUGAAAGCUCAAGCAACUCUAACCCUACUAGAUGGACAGAAACUGGCAGCAGAGACUAUCUGAAUGAAAAAUGAUACAGCCCUUACAGCUUUUACCCAAAGCACAGUGGCUAUACAGAUGUUGGUCCGUCAUUUAAACAACUGGGUCCAGACUAAAAUAUUAGAUCGAUUGUCCUGAAAUUUGGUACAGAGACACUUGUUGUCUAGAGGAUGCGUAUUAAUUACUGGUGUGGAUCCCCUUACUUUUCACUAACCAACAUCAACAGGACAAUUUGCACUUAAGCUCAUGACAGGUUAUGUCGGAACAUAAGUUUGUCCAUUUCAGUUGAGAGUAAUCCUAACAUGCUAAUAUUAAUAUGCUAGCCUGCUAGAAAGCUAGGAUGUUUUCAUGUGAAUGUAUAGCAUUGUUACAUGUUACUUAAUAGGAUAACUUCAGAGAUGAAAUGUGGCCUUUGAUGGACUGAAUUUGGGGGACUUCAUUGUUGUUUCCCCAAAACUCUCCAGUGGGGAACUACAGGGCCUUGUGGCUACAUCAUGGUUGUCACUGUGGAGUAUUUAUGUUCAGGUGGUCAUUGAAAAGAACCAGUUUUAAAAUGUUUUAAAUGCAGGAUAGAGCCCUCUGAGAUGUGCCGUCUUGUAAGAUAUGCACUUUGAAAACAAAUAUCCAUCACCAGCCAUAUAGUGGGCAAAACAGCUUGAUCUUUUCAAACUUAUCUCUAGAGAAAAACAUGCAAUGUGUCAAUGUCAACCAUCUUCCAUGUUUCACCCUAAAGAGGAAAACGACCAUAGAUGCUAUAACAUUGCCUUCUUCGUGGGUGAUGAUGUCUUUCUGUUUUUCAGGUUGGUUGUUUGAAAAUGAAGCUGUGUCUUCUUCUUCUCUUGCUCUGUCUCUGUCACCUGGGACUGACUGUAAGAACAACCGGAGUCUAUGCUCCAGAUGAAGAUGAGACAGUUCACAGCUGUGAAGGACGGCGGGUAUUCAGCCUUGAGGAACACCGUGCAGUAGCGGGCACCAUAGAGAGACUGGGUUUACAGCUCCUUGAAAAUCUUCCUGUUGGUCCACAUCAGCCGAAUGUCAUCCUGUCACCUCUCAGCCUGGCCUUUGCCCUCGCUCAGCUCACCUUAGGCGCUCGCAAUGAGACGGAGAAACUGCUGCUGAGGAGCCUUCAUGCCCACCAUCUGCCGUGUUACCAUCAUAUACUGGGAAGCCUUGCACCUCAUUUCAUCUGGACAUCACUGGAUGUGGCAACACGCAUGUACCUGAGACCAGGAUUUGAGGUGAAGCUGUCUUUUGUUGAAGACUCUCUGGCCAGGUACCAAUCACAGCCUGUCCCUCUAGUGUCUGUGGAGGAGGUUAACCAAUGGGUGGAGAAUGUCACCAAUGGCCACAUCCCCAACUUCAUGGAAAGUAUUCCACAUAAUGUGGUGCUAAUCCUCAUGAACGCUGUAUACUUCAAAGGUGAAUGGCAGACACAAUUUGACCCUCUAAAAACUUCUAAAGGUGUGUUCUACCUGGACAGACAGAACCUGGUGUCAGUGGACAUGAUGAGGUCUGCACAUUACCCACUCCGCCUGUUGGACGACCCAGAGCUCGAAGCACAGGUUGCCAGUUUUCCCUUUAAGGGAAACACCAGCUUCUUGAUCGUCCUGCCCUUGCCAGGAAGAAAAAAUGUGUCAUCUUUGCUUCCAAAACUGAACAUCUCCGACCUUUAUAGACGUCUACCUCAUGAGAAAACAAUGCAGGUCAACUUACCGAAGGUGAAGCUGCAGUAUCGCCACGAACUCCAGGAAGCGCUGACAAGCAUGGGCCUUGGCUCUCUCUUUUUGGAUCCUGACCUCUCUGGGAUUUCAGACCACUCCCUGAGGGUGACGGGUGUUCGUCAUGCCAGCACAGUAGAACUCAGCGAGGAAGGUGUGGAGGCAUCUGCCACCACUGCUGUAACCUCGAUGCGCUCUGUCUCCCUUUUCUCUGUUAAUUCCCCAUUCCUCUUUGCCCUUGUGGAUGAUGCCUCCCUGGCCCCCCUCUUUAUGGGCAUCGUCACAAACCCUGCCCCUGACAAUAAUCCCAUGCUCAAUGAUGAUCCCCAUGACAACAACACCAUGAGUGACCAACCUGUGCCAGGCGAUGUCAGGGUAAGAGGCAGAAAUAGUGAACACAGCAACAGACUGUGCAGUGAGACAGCAGCAGGCAGCAGCAUACAGUCAUGCAGCGCCCCUGCUGAUGAGGAGGAACAGCCACAGCAUGUAAAUGGACUGGACACUGGUAACAGGCCAAAAUCGACACAGGAGGAUGAAAGCUGCUCCAAACCAGAUGACUCUGUUUCUGCUUGA